AUGGCUUCUUAUGAUAAUGCUUCGAAGCGUCCUCAUCAAUGGCUUUUGGAUGGCUCAGAGGCAGAUUUACUUCCAAUUAACAAGAAACAUGCGCAUGAAACUCCUACCACCAACUUGUUUUCUGGAGUGAUUAACUCAAACGUCCCAUCAUGGGGAAACACCUUCUGUUUUCAGUCUAUUCCUGGUCAAUUUACUGAACGGUUAUUUGACACCGAGAAGGUCACUCCAGGAAGGAGUGGGAUUGAGGAACCUUACGGUGAUCACUCCUUUGCUUUAUCCAUGUCCCACACAUUUGAGGAUCCACAGUCUGCAGUCAGCUAUGGUGGGAUCAGAAAAGUGAAAGUUAGCCAGGUGAAGGAUUCCGAGAGUUUUGUAUCGUCUACUAAUGCGUACAGGCCGGUUGAUGAGAAUUCCAUGUGCAUGGGUAUUGCAUUUGGUAAGGAAGAAGAGAAUAUAAUCAGUGAAAGUUAUGACAGGGAAAAUGACGUCUUUAUAUCAAUGGGUCAACCAUACAGUAAGGGUAAUGAAAAUAUACUGCUGCCUCCCUACAAUGAUAGUAACAAUUUUGCUUCUGAUAUUGCUUUCGACAAGGUUGACAGUAAUGUAAUAUCCAUGGGUCAAACAUAUAACCAUGUUGACGAUAGUGCUGCAUCAAAGGGUAACAUGUUUCACAAAGAGAGCACACCUGUAUGUAGGGAUGGUGUAUAUAACAGGAACGGUAACGUCGUGCAAGACUCUUGUAGCAAGGGACAGAGUACAAUCAUAUCUUUUGGUGGUUCCAUUGAUGAUGAUGCAAAUAACUCUGCAAGGAUAAGAUCCAAGUAUGAAUUUAUGAUGGCUCAGUCCACACCUGAAUUACAUGAAAAUCCAGCUAGCAAAGAUUUGGUUGGAUCUAGAAGCAACGUGCUUGUUUCUGCGGAGAAUGAAGAGACAAAAGUAUCAAAGAAAGUUCAGAGCAAUAGUUUUCCUUCUAAUGUAAGGAGUUUGCUAUCUACCGGUAUGCUCGAUGGAGUUCCAGUAAAAUAUAUUGCUUGGUCUCGUGAGGAGCUGCGUGGUGUUAUCAAGGGUUCUGGAUAUCAAUGUGGAUGCGACUCAUGUAAUUUCUCUAAGGUGGUCAAUGCAUAUGAAUUUGAACGGCACGCUGGUUGCAAGACAAAGCAUCCAAAUAAUCAUAUAUACUUUGAGAAUGGGAAAACCAUCUACGGGAUAGUUCAAGAGCUCAGAAGUACACAAGAUAUGCUGUUCAAUGUUAUCCCAACAAUGACUGGCUCUAGUAUCAACCAAAAAUCUUUUCGUCUGUGGAAAGAAUCAUAUUUAGCUGCGACACGGGAACUUCAGCGUAUUUACGGGAAGGAAGAAGGAAAGCUACUCUGA